AUGUCUUCCCCAUCAGCAGUUGCGAGGUUUCUGUCCAGUAGCCGCCCCUUGGCAUUAUGCUCUGCUAUGAGCACCGCUGCUUCAAAGCCACGGACCAAAUACGUGCCUCGGCGAGCACUUUUGUAUGUUCCAGGAAGCAGCGAGAAAAUGUUAAAGAAAGUUCCUCAAAUGAAAGUAGAUAGUCUGGUUCUUGAGAUGGAAGACGGGGUUGCUGCAAACGCAAAGGCUGAGGCUCGAACAAAUAUCCGGAAAUAUUUGGAGUCACUGACUUCUCUUGGACCACACAGUUGCUUUGAGCUUGGUGUUCGAGUGAAUUCUGUAGCUAGCCAACUAGUUUUCGAUGACGUAAAAGAGAUUGCAAAGGCCGAAAACUUGCCGCAGGCGUUCAUGAUUCCUAAGGUCGACUCUAUUGAAGACCUAGCUGCUGUUUUUGAUGUUUUCAGAACGGCAUAUGGGGAUCGAAGGAUAUUGAAUACAGACACUCGUAUGAUUAUUUGGAUUGAAAGUGCUCGUGCCCUUUUGGACAUGCCUAGGAUCGUCAAUGCGGCUAUGAAUUUGCACAGAUCGGCUGGGUUCUUCAAACUUGAUGGGGCGGUUUUUGGCUCUGACGACUUUUGUGCAAAUAUAGGUGCAACAAGAACGAAAGAAGCUACUGAAAAUUUAUAUGCUAGACAGAGAUUCGUAACUUGCUGUAAAGCAUUUGGCAUUCAGGCUAUAGAUGCUGUUUAUAUAGAUAUUAAAGAUUUAGAAGGACUGCGGAGGCAAUGUGAAGAAGGGGCCAAAUGGGGAUUUACUGGCAAACAAGUGAUACAUCCUACUCAAAUUGAGACUGUUCAAAAGGCUUUCCUUCCAUCUGAAGAAACAGUUGAAUGGGCUCGCUCAUUAAUGAAAGAAUUUGUUGAACACGAGAAAUUAGGUAAAGGUGCGUUCACCUUUAGAGGACAUAUGAUUGACAGACCACUGUUGCUUCAGGCCAUGAAUAUUGUUAAGAUGCUGGAAAGAGUAAACGGCAGUCAAAAAUGA